CAAAAAGUGCUCCCAGUGAUUAAAUUAAAAACAUACGAAAUUUAAGCAUAUACUAGCAGUUUAUAACAAAUGUUUUACCACUAAGAAAUAUCUACGCGGACAACGUAUACAGUUCUGCGGAAAUCUCGAUUAAUAACAAAUACAAUUACAAAUAAAAUUUGCUAAGAAGUGAGGUUAGAAAUAUCUCAAAAAAGAAGUGUCAACCAACUGACACUGUCAGUUGUCAACUCUGUGACAUUUGACGUUGACACUUGUCGGUGACAGAAGUAUCUCAGUGUUGCAAAAAAAAAAAAAAAAACAAAUAUAUAAAUAAAUUACGUUUCGUUUUUGCGACAUGAGUACAAUUACUGAAAUGUCACCGGAGAUGGCGCAGCUAUUUCAGAUGAUGAAAACUGAACUUCAUCAACAAACUGCAACCAUUACAAAUGCCGUGACUGAAAGUAUCAUACACAAAAUUGAUGAGAAACUGCAAACAAUUGUGGAAGAAAACAAGUAUUUGAAAAACGAAGUACAAAGACUAGUGCAAAAAGUAAAAUACUUAGAUGGACAAAAUAGGAAGAAUAAUCUAGUACUACAUGGUAUAAAAGAAACAGAAAACAAUCCCCAGGAACUGUUUGAUUUAAUUAAAGAAACAAUAAAUUUCUUAGAUAUCGACAUUAAUAUAUACGAAACAAAUAGCUAUAAAAGAAUAGGGAAGAGACAGGGAGGAAACAAAAUCAGACCAAUCCUUGUUUCCUUUACGUCGUUCCAAAAGAAGCUUAAAAUACUAAAAAACAAAACGAAAAUGCCGAAACCCACCUACAUUACUGAAGAUUUUUCAAAAGAAACGAUGGAAAUGAGGAAAAAUCUACAGGAAAAACUCAAAGAAGAAAAACUAAACGGGAAAGAUGCAUUCAUUCUAAACAAUAAAAUAAUAAUAAAAGAUACAACCGAUGCAGAAAAAAGGAAGAGGGAAGCCUCGAUAUCACCUAACAACACAAAUGUAUAUUCACCAACAGGUGGCUCGAAUAACGUCAGCGCACCCCCUAAACUGCACAAAACUAAUGCAUUUGAGUAUAUGAGGGCAAGAUCUGUAUCUUCCACCGCAAAACCACCCCAAAAACAUAAUGCAUAGGAAACAACAGACACCGGAAA